AUGGAGGUCCCGCUGGUAAACUUCGAAAACCUGGAUGACAUCGGCCUCAACAUGGGUGACCCCAGCGACUCGGGGUAUCCCACCUCACCUACCUCAGACGUGCCUGACCACCACGGGGUGACCAAUCGCGUGAUUGCAUCUGCCUCGAGCUCCCCUCAGAGGCGGCAGCCCGCGGGCCAGCAGCAGGUGGGCUUCUCUCCGAGCACGACGCCUGUCCUGAAAAAACGGGGCAACUCCAGCUGCAACAGCCUCAUCUCCAACUGGAAGGUCCUCAUGCACAGCGAAGGCAGCCCCAACGACAGCGUCUUCAGCAAGGCUGCAAAGGACUUCUGCGAUGACGUGUUCGUGGAGAAGCAGAGCUUUAAACAGGAGGAUGGAGAGCAGAAGGUUGUCAUCAACGUGUCAGGUAUGAAGUACGAGACGCAGCUCAAAACCCUGAGCCAGUUCCCAGACUCGCUUCUUGGUGAUCCGAAGAAGAGGAUGUACCAUUUUGACCCGAUGAAGAACGAAUACUUUUUUGACCGCAACCGGCCUGCCUUUGAUGGAAUUCUAUACUUUUAUCAAUCCGGUGGCAAGAUCCGAAGACCCGCGAACGUUCCAUUGGAAAUAUUUGCUGAUGAGAUUAUUUUCUACGAGCUUGGUGCGGAUGCUAUUGAACAGUUUCGAGAGGAAGAAGGUUUGGUAAAGGAGCCUGAGGCAGCCCUACCUACCAAGGAGAUCCACAAGCAGUUCUGGCUGUUGUUUGAAUAUCCAGAAAGUUCCAGUGCAGCUCGGCUAGUGGCAUUGGUGUCCGUCACUGUUAUUACAAUCUCAAUUGUUGUCUUCUGCUUGGAGACAUUACCGGAAUUCCGUGAUGACGUGGACCGUACUGUCCAGGGUCCCCAGGGCAACCGAACUGAUGCUGAUGGUGUCCUUCUCCCACCAAGCGUGGCACCCAAAACCCUUGCCCAAACAUUCUCUGACCCUUUCUUCAUCAUAGAGACGAUCUGCAUCAUCUGGUUCAUCUUCGAGCUGAGUGUGCGGUUUGUCUGUUGUCCCAGCAAGAGAAAGUUCUUCAACAACAUGAUGAACGUCAUCGAUAUCUUCUCCAUCGUCCCCUAUUUCAUCACCCUGGCAACAGAUCUGCUGACCUCGCCGGACGACGAGUCCGCUGGGCAAAACAUGUCUCUGGCCAUCCUGAGGGUCAUCCGCUUGGUGAGGGUCUUCCGAAUUUUCAAGCUGUCGCGGCACUCCAAAGGACUCCAGAUCUUGGGCUGGACCUUGAGGGCCAGCUUGAGGGAGCUGGGCCUGCUCAUGUUCUUCCUGUUCAUCGGAGUCAUCCUCUUCUCCAGUGCCAUUUACUUUGCCGAAGUCGACGAGCCUGACACAGCAUUCGUCAGCAUCCCAGAGGGCUUUUGGUGGGCAGUGGUAACUAUGACUACCGUCGGCUACGGUGACAUGACCCCAAUCACGUUGGGGGGCAAGAUGGUGGGCACCCUGUGUGCCAUCGCUGGCGUGCUGACCAUCGCUCUCCCCGUGCCUGUCAUUGUCUCCAACUUCAACUACUUCUACAACAGGGAGACAGAACAAGGAGAUAAGCACAUCAUGGAUAGUGUGGAGGCGGCUGCACAGAGAUCCAAUGAGGCGAACAAAUGCGACAGCAACGUCUCACUGGACAAGAGCAACGGGAACUGGGCAACUGAGAAGAAUGGCAUGCCCUGAGUUACAGUACAUCAAACGAUUAAAGCACUUAAAAGAGAUAUAAAAAGUAACGCUAUUCUAAAUGACAGCUGCAACAACCCCCUCAACUAUGCUGCAUUAGUUUAUACUCAGUAUCUUCCACAUUGGAAAUGUGGAUGGAGAGACUUGCGCAGAGACCGAG